AUGGCCUCCACGCGCGAGGAGCGGCAACAAAUGCGCCAGCGCGGAGCUGCGACGCGCAAAACCAAGGAGAUCAACUUUGGAUUUUCAUUUGGAGGACCAAGUUUUGGAUUCCCAGAGCCUGAACAGCCUGCUAUCGUAUCUGAGACCAUAAUACCGCCGCAAAUCGAACCUGCUCCCAUAGCUUCAACUCUCCCGCCCAGGAAGCUUCGUCGCAACCCCAGUCGCAGACAAAAAACCCUCAGCGCACACCAGGUAGUGCGCGUAAUAAUCGCCCGCAGCGUCCUUCUGCAUAUGAAAUACCACCUGACGAUGUUCCCGAGCAAAUUCGCAGUAACAAGCGGCGAAAGAUUAAUCCCCCCUAGCGCGAAAAAAGACACACCUUCUUCACAAAUUGUUGAAGAUACCUCGCAUGGCAACUUCCCACCUACAGCGAACUCCUCAGAAAAACAAGCCGGGCGCGCGAAAGCCCCAACGGAGACACCCCAGCAGGAAACCGCGGACAAUGUGCCUGUGAUACCAUCUCCACCUGUUCCAGAGACGCAUGUGCCUGAGAGAACCGAAGAGGCUGGAACAUCGACUGUCAAUGGAAAAGAGAUAGAGGCUCCCACUCCCGAUAUAGCACCCAGCCGGACCCGAUCAUCAAAGUCCAGAUCCCCGCAGAUCGAAGCAGCAGUUCAACCCAAUGAGCCAUCGUCAAGGAAGCCGCGGAAAUCCAAAUCGCCCAUCCAACCCGACCAAGAAACUGCAGACAACCAGCCAGAGCAAGCUCCGCGGAAAUCUAUAUCGCCUCGGACCAAGAGGGGGAAACAGCCUAAGUCAAAUGCGCAAGAAACGCCUAGUGAUUCUGCAGAGGCGCCGGAGGCUAGCCACGCCCCUACGGCAAAUUCUACAGUCGGUCUCGAUGCAUCUGAUGUUGCCGUAAAUGGCAAGCGGAUACGCGCAAAGGCGGCCACAGGGAAGAAAGUUGCGAGAGAAGUGGCGGCUCAGGUCAAUGGCAAUCGCUCCAAAUCACCAAGCACAGAGGAGGCGUUGCCGGAUACUGCAUCUGAGUCUCAAGAUCAACAAGAUCAGCCAGCCCAGCCCAGCAAUAUCGCCAAAGGCAAGCGCCCCCAUAGAAAACCUUCCCCUGCGAAGGAUUCAAAUGAUAUCGAGACAGAAUCACAAUCUCAGAGCCCAGUGGAUCCUGCACCCACUGCCGGUGAAUCAUCUACAACAGGUGUACGCCAAACGCGGAAGCCAGCAAAGAGGAAGAAGACCCAGCCUGAACCUGAGCCCAAUCCCGGGGUUGACGAAGAACCAGAGGCGGAAUCUGGAAAGUCGAAGUCCCGCAAAGAGCCAGAGGAAGAGGCGCCCCAGGAGCUGGAACGAGCGAUGGAACCUGAACCACCAAAACAGCGUCGCGGCCAAGGAAAGAAAGCCAACCGAAGAACAAGAACAGAAGCAUCUCCGACACAAGAGCUACCAGAGGCAGAGGCCGAAACAUCACGCCCGACACAGCGAAAGCCAAGGGAACCUCGUGGAGAGACUGUUCCUGUUACCAUUCAUCGACUUGUUAAUGCCUCUGCACUGGGCGCCUUUGAUAUUUCUGCCAAUGACCCUGGAGAGGAAGGAGACAGGCCUACCGAUGAGUCCUCAAAUCACCAGAAGGCCAAGCUUCCAAAUCGCGGAGGGGUCAAUCCCGCCGAUGUCUUGAGCCAGAUUUGUCGCGAGACCUUAGAAAAGACCCUGACGACGCUGAAGACUGGAAUUGAGAACGAAACAAACGCCGCGCGGCGUGCUGAAUGGUCACGCAAACGCAAAGCCGUCGAAACCUUUGGCGUGGAGCUGGACGGCCGCCUAUUAGACUUGAGUGAAAUUUUGGACAGCAAUUUCGUGCUUGGUGUGCAACUCAAGAAGGCGAAGCGCGACAUGAUGGAAAUGCGGAGCCACUUACAUCAGGUGCGGCGGGAGCGAGAAGGUAUAGCUCUACAGAUGGACCGGGUGCGCAGCAGGCACAUGCAGAAGGAGAAUGAGAAAACGACACGUUCUACUAUCAACAAUUCCAUCCACAGCCUCGAGCUUGCACUCGACCGCAGCCAAUAUCGUGGGUCACCAUCGACCGAGCCAUCUUCCACGGAGCUCGAAUUCUUACUACGGAGUGUGGCUGAGGAAGUAAGCUGCCGCGCCCCUGGAUCACAAGGUGGUCUUCUCCACCAAAUCCAGAGUUUCAAUGCGCAACUAGAAUCGACGGCACGACAGCUGGAGAGAUCGUGA